AUGUCAAGCCGGGAUGAUGCUCGUUGGGCGAAUGUUACACUGCCAGAGCAUGUUCCUGGUCGGGAGGGUGGUGGAGCUGUCUGGCUGCCCAUUUCGAUGCGUGGGAUUCUCGUUCUUAUUGGCGGAGUGAUCCAGCUUGAGUCAAUCUAUCCAGGGGGCUUGACCGAUGAGCAAGAGGCUGAAAGCAUUCGUGCCAGCGCUGCGUUCAUGCAGACGGUUUCAGUGUAUGAUAUUGCGACUGAUAGGUGGUACAAUCAAAACACGACUGGCGAUAUCCCCCCACCGCUCACACGGUUUUGCUCAGUAUACGCCAGCGCACCCGACGGCUCCUCCCAUAAUAUUUACAUUUACGGUGGCUACUCGGGUGGCACACCUCUCGCUGAAUCAUCUGACAACGUCUACGUUCUCUCUCUCCCGUCUUUCGAAUGGAUUCUGCUAUAUAGCGGGGGCGGACAGGUUGAUACGCGAAGCGAACACGCUUGCAUUAGGCACUACCCUGACCAGAUGUUGGUUUUGGGUGGGAGGGGGCUUUGCGGCGCGGAUUGUAUAGAGAUGAUCCGGGUAUUCAACCUGAACACCGCCACGUUCCAAGACAGCUACGAUACUGUUUCUUGGAGUGACUACCGGGUGCCCGUCCUCGUGUCGGGAAGAAUCGGCGGAGAUUCCUCCGGCGGCGCAACUCGUACCUCACCUGUAUACUGGACUAAUACAUCCCUAAGGCAGGUGUUCGCCGCCACAUACACUCGGCCGAUCGCGACAUGGUACAUUGACGACCGUGCGACUACACAAAACGCCGGCGGCAACUCCCUCAGCUUCCCCGGCUGGGCCGGCGGCGUCAUUGCAGGGAUUCUUGGUUUUGCUGUGAUCGUGGGCCUGUCGAUGUUCUGGCUGAUACGGCGUCGCAAGCACAAUGCUACUGCCACUGCCACCCGACUACAAGGAAACCCUCCCAAGAAGGCCACUCCCUCUGAUGGUCCGGCUGAACUGUUGGCUCCAACACCUGGAGAGGCAGGGAGCCUGCCUAUUUAUGAGAUGCAUGAUCGAAACCAUGGAGCAGCUGCUGAGCUUCCUGUGCCUGAUAAUGGAUCCUGA